CCCUGGGCCGGAACGUUUAGCUGGCCGGAGGCGCGCCGCGGAGAGCAGGCUGUCAUGCCCUAUUGAUCCCCCCGCCCCCCGCCAAGUAUGUUUGGGCUGGACCAAUUCGAGCCCCAGAUCAACAGCAGGAACGCUGGCCAGGGCGAAAGGAACUUUAACGAGGCCGGACUAAGCAUGAAUGCCCACUUCAAGGCCCCGGCUUUCCACGCGGGGGGACCCCCUGGCCCCGUGGACCCUGCCAUGAGCGCGCUGGGCGAGCCCCCGAUCUUGAGCAUGAACAUGGAGCCUUACGGCUUCCACGCGCGUGGUCACUCGGAGUUGCACGCGGGGGGGCUGCAGGCACAGCCGGUGCACGGAUUCUUUGGAGCCCAGCAGCCGCACCACGGCCACCCGGGAGGCCACCACCCCCAUCAACAUCACCCCCACUUUGGGGGCAACUUCGGCGGUCCGGACCCAGGGGCCUCAUGCCUGCACGGGGGUCGCCUACUUGGCUACGGGGGCGCCGCCGCCGGCCUGGGCAGCCAGCCGCCCUUCGCUGAGGGUUAUGACCACAUGGCGGAGAGCCAGGGGCCCGAGAGCUUCGGCCCGCAGAGACCCGGGAACCUCCCGGACUUCCACAGUUCGGGCGCCUCGGGCCAUGCGGUGCCUGCCCCAUGCUUGCCGCUGGACCAGAGCCCUAACCGAGCCGCCUCCUUUCACGGCCUGCCCGCCUCCAGCGGCUCCGAUUCCCACAGUCUGGAGCCCCGAAGGGUGGCGAACCAAGGAGCCGUCGACUCGCUGGAAUACAAUUACCCUGGCGAGGCGCCCUCGGGACAUUUCGACAUGUUUUCGCCCUCCGAUUCCGAAGGGCAGCUGCCUCAUUAUGCGGCGGGUCGCCAGGUUCCCGGGGGCUCCUUCCCCGGUGCCUCGGCCAUGCCCAGAGCUGCAGGCAUGGUGGGCUUGUCCAAAAUGCACGCCCAGCAGCAGCAGCAGCAGCAGCAGCAACAGCAGCAGCAGCAGCAGCAGCAGCAGCAACAGCAGCAGCAGCAGCAGCAGCAGCAGCAACAGCAGCAGCAGCAGCAGCAGCAGCAGCACGGCGUGUUCUUCGAGAGAUUCGGCGGGGCCCGCAAGAUGCCGGUGGGUUUGGAGCCGGGAGUAGGCUCCAGGCACCCGUUAAUGCAGCCUCCCCAGCAGGCCCCGCCACCCCCUCAGCAGCAGCCCCCGCAGCAGCCGCAGCAGCCGCCGCCGCCGCCGCCGCAGCAGCCGCCGCCACCCGGGCUUCUGGUCCGACAAAAUUCGUGCCCGCCGGCGCUCCCGCGGCCCCAGCAGGGCGAGGCGGGCACGCCCAGCGGCGGCCUGCAGGACGGGGGCCCCAUGCUGCCCAGUCAGCACGCACAGUUCGAGUAUCCCAUCCACCGGCUGGAGAACCGGAGCAUGCACCCUUAUUCGGAGCCUGUGUUCAACAUGCAGCACCCCCCUCCCCAGCAGGCGCCCAACCAGCGGCUGCAGCAUUUCGACGCGCCCCCCUACAUGAACGUGGCCAAGAGGCCGCGCUUUGACUUCCCGGGCAGCGCGGGAGUGGACCGCUGUGCUUCGUGGAACGGCAGCAUGCCCAACGGCGCUUUGGACAACCACCUCUCGCCCUCCGCCUAUUCGGGCCUCCCCGGCGAGUUCACGCCGCCCGUGCCCGACAGCUUUCCCUCAGGGCCACCCCUGCAGCAUCCGGCCCCGGACCACCAGUCCCUGCAGCAGCAGCAACAGCAGCAGCAACAGCAGCAGCAGCAGCAACAGCAGCAGCGCCAAAACGCGGCCCUCAUGAUUAAGCAGAUGGCGUCGCGGAAUCAGCAGCAGCGGCUGCGCCAGCCGAACCUGGCUCAGCUAGGCCACCCCGGGGACGUGGGCCAGGGCGGCCUGGUACACAGUGGCCCGGUGGGCGGCUUGGCCCAGCCGAACUUUGAGCGCGAAAGCGCGGGCGCGGGGCGCCUGGGCACUUUCGAGCAGCAGGCGCCUCACUUGGCGCAGGAGAGCGCGUGGUUCCCAGGUCCGCACCCGCCGCCGGGUGACCUGCUGCCCCGCAGGCUGGGCGGCUCUGGCCUGCCGGCUGACUGCGGCCCGCACGACCCCGGCCUGGCGCCGCCCCCUCCCCCCGGCGGCUCCGGAGUGCUGUUCCGUGGCCCUCUGCAGGAGCCGCUGAGGAUGCCCGGAGAGGGCCACGUGCCCGCGCUGCCCUCCCCCGGCCUGCAGUUCGGGGGCAGCCUGGCCGGCCUGGGCCAACUGCAGUCGCCCGGGGCUGGGGUGGGACUGCCCAGCGCUCCCUCCGAGCGCAGGCCCCCGCCGCCGGAUUUCACAGCACCGGCGCUCGGGGGCCAGCCUGGCUUCCCGUUCAGCGCGGCGAACCGGCAGGCCACGCCACACAGCGGCCCUGGCGUGAACUCGCCCCCGAGCGCGGGCGGGGGCGGGGGAGGCACGGGCGGCGGCAGCGGAGGGGGCGCCUACCCGCCGCAGCCCGAUUUCCAGCCCAGCCAGCGCACCUCGGCCAGUAAGCUGGGCGCGCUGUCGCUGGGCUCCUUCAACAAGCCCAGCUCCAAGGACAACCUGUUCGGCCAGAGCUGCCUGGCCGCACUCUCCACCGCCUGCCAGAACAUGAUCGCCAGCCUCGGGGCCCCCAACCUCAACGUGACCUUCAACAAGAAGAACCCGCCCGAGGGCAAGAGGAAACUGAGCCAGAACGAGACCGACGGCGCGGCUGUGGCCGGCAACCCGGGCUCGGAUUACUUCCCGGGGGGGACCACCCCUGGGGCCCCAGGGCCUGGAGGCCCGUCGGGGACUAGUAACAGUGGCUCCAAAGCCUCGGGGCCGCCCAACCCGCCCGCCCAGGGGGACGGCACGAGCCUCUCCCCAAACUACACUCUGGAAUCAACAUCCGGGAACGACGGCAAGCCGGUCCCCGGGGGCGGCGGCCGGGGACGGGGUCGAAGAAAAAGGGACAGUGGUCACGUGAGCCCCGGGACCUUCUUCGACAAGUACUCGGCCGCGCCAGACAGCGGGGGCGCGCCUGGGGUGAGCCCAGGGCAGCAGCAGGCGCCAGGCUCAGCCGUCGGGGGAAGCUCCACGAGCGAGGCUCGCGGGGCUCCUACGCCUCACGAGAAAGCGCUCACGUCGCCGUCGUGGGGGAAGGGGGCCGAGUUGCUCCUGGGGGACCAGUCGGACCUCAUGGCUUCCCUGGACGGCGGGGCCAAGUCGGACGGGAGUUCCCCGCACGUGGGCGAGUUUGCCUCGGACGAGGUGAGCACGAGCUACGCCAACGAGGACGAGGUGUCGUCCAGCUCCGACAACCCCCCAGCCCUGGCCAAAGCGAGUAGGAGCCCCCUGGUGACAGGCUCGCCCAAACUCCCUCCCCGUGGGGUGGGCGCUGGGGAACACGGACCUAAGGCGCCCCCGCCCCCGCUCGGCCUGGGCAUCAUGUCUACCUCUACCUCCACCCCUGACAGCUACGGCGGGGGCGCGGGCCAUCCCGGCACGCCGGGCCUGGAGCAGGUCCGGACCCCCACGAGCAGCAGCGGUGCGCCACCCCCCGACGAGAUCCACCCCCUGGAGAUCCUCCAGGCGCAGAUCCAGCUACAGAGGCAGCAGUUCAGCAUCUCCGAGGACCAGCCCCUGGGGCUCAAGGGUGGCAAGAAGGGGGAGUGCGCCGUUGGGUCCUCGGGCGCGCAGAAUGGCGACAGCGAGCUGGGCAGCUGCUGCUCCGAGGCGGUCAAGAGCGCCAUGAGCACCAUCGACCUGGACUCCCUGAUGGCAGAGCACAGCGCCACCUGGUACAUGCCCGCUGACAAGGCCUUGGCGGACGGCGCGGACGACGACAAGACGCUGGCACCUUGGGAGAAGGCCAAACCCCAGAACCCCAACAGCAAAGAAGCCCAUGACCUCCCUGCAAAUAAGGCCUCAGCCACCCAGCCGGGCAACCACUUGCAGUGCCUGUCUGUCCACUGCACAGACGACGUGGGUGACACCAAGGCCCGAGCCUCCGUGCCCACCUGGCGGUCUCUGCACUCCGACAUUUCCAACAGAUUCGGGACGUUCGUGGCCGCCCUGACUUGAAUUGACAAGAAAUGCCCCUCCCCACCCCCCACCC